UUCAAUUUUCGAAACUGGAAAUUACAAUAAAGCCCUUCUCUUCAUCCUGAUCAACAACAUCCCUUCAUCGAGAAAGGGAAUGGCGGACUCUUCUUUCAAUUGUUUCUAAUCUUUUUGCUUAAAAAGGUUUGUGUUUUUUGAAAAGAUCAAAUGGAUGUGGAUUUCAUUGCAAGUGGAAUUUCGGACGAGGACGAUAUUCCAUUUAUUGAUCAAAACAAUGAUCUUUCUAAUUUCGAGGGCGGGAGAUGUGGGAUAUGCAUGGAUAUUAUAAUAGACAGGGGAGUCCUUGAUUGUUGUCAACACUGGUUCUGUUUUGCAUGUAUUGACAACUGGGCAACAAUCACAAACCUUUGCCCUCUUUGCCAGAGUGAAUUUCAGUUGAUCACCUGCAUUCCGGUAUAUGAUACCAUUGGAAGCAAUAAAGUUGAGGGUGAUUCAUUUUCCAGAGAUGAUGAGUGGUCCAUUGAAGGGAAGAGCAACACUCUUUCAUUCCCGUCAUACUACAUUGAUGAAAAUUUAUCUGCUUGGAUGGAGAUGGCUGCAAAGUUCGAAGUCUAUCCACCAAUAUUGAGGGAGAUCCUGAUCUCGAUACAUCAAUUGCUUGCGACUCUUGUGAUAUUUGGUACCAUGUUUUUUGUGUGGGUUUUGAUACUGAAGGCACAUCAGAAGACACUUGGCUGUGCCCAAGAUGUGUACUAAAUCAAUCUUCACAAAACUCUGUUGUGAUUCCUGAGAAAGCAAGCACCCAGCAUGAUUCAGAGAUUACUAAUGGUGAAUAUGUGAUGGAUACCACUUUCUCUGGGAAGUUGUCUGUUUCUGUUGCGGACACUGG